UAUAUAUUCCCAAGCUGCACACUUAUAGAUAUAUUCCCAUAUUAUUCUCCUUUCUUCUACAAAUUUUUUUGUAUUUAUUAACUCCACACAUACUAAGAAGAAGAUGUCUGGUGUUUGGGUAUUCAAAAAUGGAGUACUCAGACUAGUAGAAAAUCCAGGAGAUCAUUUCCAAGGUUCUAGGAAAGUGUUGGUUCAUGUUCCUACAAAUGAAGUUAUUACAUCCUAUGCAAUUCUUGAAACUAAACUAUAUAACCUUGGUUGGGAAAGGUACUAUGAUGAUCCAGAAUUACUUCAAUACCAUAAGAGAUCUACAACUCAUCUUAUUACUCUACCAAAAGAUUUCAACAAGUUUAAAACCAUGCAUAUGUAUGAUAUUGUUGUCAAGAAUCGCAAUGAGUUUGAAGUUAGAGACAUGUGAGAAGAAAGACAUUAAAAAAAAAGUUUAUGUUUUGCCUCAUUUUUCCAGGUGUGAUUAGGCUUCUUGAAAUCAUGUUGUAUUUUGUUUUGGUUGGUUUUCACAGUGUUGCAAUUUUGUUAUGGCAAGGUUUUGUUUCAUGGUGCUUGAAAGUCAAUGUUGUGUAUUUAGGGAUAUUAUCACUUUUAAGCCGCGCUAUAAACUAUUUA